AUGGCUCCUUCUGUGAUUUCUCAAAAACAUCAGCAUCUCUAUCCCAAUCCCCCCUCUUCGUCUACCGUAAACAUUCCCCAUUCCUCUUCUUCUGCCGCUGAGCUCGGUUGCGUAAACUGCCGUUGCUCUUCCAAUAAAGACGCAAACGAAAGCGCCCACUUAAACGAUCCCUCUCAAACCCUCGCCGACUCCAUGUCCAGUCUCGUUUUAAACCCUCACUUCCAGUCUCUCAACCUUGACCUUCGGCUUUUGCACGAUAACAUCACCAUUGAUCGUAUUCCCAAACUUCCUGCCCGUAAUGUCUCUUUCACUCCCUUGACCCCCGAGGCCAAAGCUGCCGAUUCCUCCCAUCCAAGCCCUCUUAUUCCUGAAAAAAUGCCUCCUUCUUUUGUUCAACCUCAUCCCCCUUUCCACGUCUAUCCUUCUCCCGUCACCAACAUCCGCGAACUAACAAAGCCCAAUGCCUACAAGCGCGCUUUCCAUUUCGAAAUCGAUGUUUCCAACUAUCCUCUUCCCGACGGUGAAGAAUGGAUGGUUGGCGGUUCUUUUGGUCUCAUGGCUCCCAAUGAUGAUGCCGUCGUAAACCAUUUGCUCCUCCUUUUGCAAAUUCCCAAUGAUGUUGCCGACGCUCCCAUUCUUUUGAAAACCAAUGGCGGUCGCUGGCCCACCAUAUGGGCAGAGGACAUGGCUCGAGAGCUUCCCACGACUCGGCGCGAACUACUCAAAUGGUCCUCGGAUUUCAUGUCUGCUCCCCCCAAAAAGCAAUUAAUCCGUUUGUUGGCUGAAUACGCCGAAAAUCCUACUGAAAAGCAAAUACUAUUGUUUUUGGUUAGCCGUCUCGGUCAACGUGCUUUCUGUGAUCUAAGAGCUAAUAAUAAUGUUACUCUGCUUACUCUUUUGGAAGCCUUCCCCAGUGUCAAGCUUCCUUUGGAUCACUUGCUAAGUGUUUUGCCCCAGCUGAUGCCAAGAUGGUAUUCUUUGUCUAACGAUCCCGCUCAGCAUAAUGGAAUCUUGGAAUUCGCUGUUGCUCUCGUAGAGAUUGAAAAGGUCGGUGGUGGUGUCCAUUACGGAAUCGGCUCUGGUUUCUUGUAUCAUUUAGCAAAACAAUGGAUGGAUGGCAAAAGAGAUUUGGUUCUUCCCAUGUUUCGUGGGUUGCAUAGAAAUGCUUUUGUUACCCACUUCACUUCUGAUGGUCCCAUGUGUCUCAUUGGCACCGGUGUCGGCAUUGCUCCUUUCCGUGGUUUCGUUCAACGCCGUCUCAUGAACGCAUCUUGUGCCGGAAAAGUUUGGAUCUUUCACGGUUGUCGUAACUCGGAACUGGAUGAAUUGUAUCAUGGCGAAUGGGAAAACCAAAGUGAGAACUCUGGCCUUGACUCUCCCGGCUCUCCUGCCAAGCAAAACAAUACCGAGGUGGAUGCUUUAGAAUUUCACAACGAUCCCAAAGAAGGUCCCCAUCAUAUGGUCGUCGAAUCACGUUCACACAGAAAAGUAUAUGUACAGGACGAAUUACGCAUGAAAGGCGAUAUUGUGUGGAAUGUCUUGAAUCAUCCAAACGGUAAAAUAUACCUUUGCGGUGGUAAACAAGGCUUAUUACGGGGUGUUGAUGAAGCCUUAAAGGACAUUUGCAUGCAAUACGGAAGUAUGUCUCAAAAUGAAGCUGCGAACCAAUUGGCGACUUGGCAGAAUCCUCUUUCGUUGAAAUAUAUUAAGGAAAUUUGGUAA